GAGCAGGAGCAGACUUGUUGGCUUGGGCGGAGGAGUAUUGCAGCAUGGGGGACUUGGUGAAAGACCAACUCUGCUACUAUCAAGGCCACCAGUGCAAACCCGGCGAGUCCUUCCAUGAACAGCUAGGGCGACAGCUUUCAGAAGACUUCCGGGAGAGUGGACAGGCGCUUGCAGAACAAGGGGCAAUUCAAGAGGGCUCAGAACUGGCGGAGGGAAGUUCAUCAGCUGUAAAUGCACUCUUCCAGCUAGUUUGUCAUUUGAUGACACUGCAUGAGGCAUGCACGGCGGCCUCGGACAGCAGCCAGACCGACCUGAUGUGGAAGGUCAAAAUUGGAGUGAACGAGAGUGGGGCAUGCACCAAGUUUCACGAUGAUCUCAUUGACGUCCGCUUUGCCAUCCCCCUUGCUGGCGACGGCACUGUACUCGCAAAGAACCCGGAGAUUGAUUGGGAAUUCUACGACUCUAGUGGUGGUGUCAUCCCCGAUUUAGAUACAAUGAAAGCUGCUGCUGCAGAGGCUCUGGUCCAUUCCUGGAACCAGCGUGUUUGCAAAGGUGUGCUGCCGACUGAGAGAGGUGACCUUGCGAUAAUGAAGGGGGGGCGGCUCACUGAUCGGCCGUGUCUGCAUCGAGCACCCUAUUCUGCAAGCGAGGGAUCGCAACCAGCUCGGCUUCUGAUUACCUUGGACCACAUUCCCAAAGAUGAGCUUCAGGAGUUCGUGAAGAUGGAUUUUGAAGAUGCAGAAGAGGAAGAAGAACACAAACACUGCGAUCAUGAGCACGAUGCUUGCAUGCAUGCAGAUGAUGCGGAGCCUUCCGGUCCUCUUCUGCCAGUCACGGUUCUCAGUGGCUUCCUGGGCGCUGGCAAGACCACCCUCCUCACGCACAUGCUGCAGAAUCAAGAUGGACUCCGAGUGGCGGUGAUCGUCAAUGACAUGGCUGAGGUCAACAUCGAUGCCAUGCUGGUCAAAACUGGCGCGGAGGUCCUUACCGUGAAGGACAAGAUGAUCGAGAUGCAGAAUGGCUGCAUCUGCUGUACAUUGCGCGAGGACCUCAUUGAGAACGUGACGCAGUUGGCCAAGGAGGGGCGAUUUGACUACCUGGAAAGUACAGGCAUUUCAGAGCCAAUGCCGGUUGCGACCACCUUCGUCAGUGAGCAUGAUGGUAGGAAGUUGCUUGGGAGCGUUGCACGGCUGGAUACGCUGGUGACCGUGGCUAGGAAAGAUUACGAUAUGGGGCAGAAGCUCACCGAUAGACCCGUGCUGGGAGCAGAGGAGGGGGACCAGCGCACCAUUGCGCAGCUCUUGGCCGAUCAAGUGGAAUGUGCCAACAUCAUCGUGCUGAACAAGGUGGACCUUUUAUCUGACAAGGAAACUGCAGCGAUGGAGGGUGUCUUGAAACAGCUGAAUCCUAGCGCAAAGAUCGUGCGCUCGACUUAUGGGAACGUAGAUCUCAAGCUUCUUUUCAACACCGGCAGCUUUGAUAUGGCCGUGGCUGAAGAGAUGCCGGGUUGGUACCAGGAGUUGGAAGGAGGUCAUGUGCCUGAGUCUGAGGAGUACGGCAUCUCGAGCGUGGUGUUUCGGAAGCAGCGGCCGUUUGAUCCACAGAG